UGCAGAAGAUCAGCAGCAAUAGGCCAAUAGCCAUUAAAAUUUUAAAAUUACUUAUCAAAAUGGUGCCUGCAGGAGAGGUGUUCAACUUCACCAAGGUAUGGCUCUCAGUCUUCAUAUCUCUAUCCUACUGCUAUGCCAUCAGCAAAAUAACCCCUAAAGUACCUCUCUUCAUCGCCAUGGCCUGUUUGCCCAUCAAAAUCCAACAAAACCCUCUUUCAAAAUCCAGAAAAGGCCACAAAUCUCCUUUAAACUACGCCAUAAAAUGUCUCCUUUUGGCUGCACUUUUACAGGCAUAUAACUAUAAUAACUACCUUCACCCAAAGCUCAUUCUUGUUCUCUAUAGUUUCCAUAUUUUCUUCGUCCUCGAGCUCAGCCUUGCCAUGGUUCAAGCCCUGGUUCGGGCCCCGUUCGGCCUCGAGCUCGAGCCGCAGUUCGACGAGCCCUAUCUCGCCACGUCACUGCAAGACUUCUGGGGAAGAAGAUGGAACCUCAUGGUCACCCGCGUUCUUCGACCGACCGUGUACGAACCAGUUCUCUACAUUUCCGCCCGUGCAGUCGGUCGGAAGUGGGCUCCACUCCCGGGGGUUUUUAGCACGUUUCUUGUCUCGGCUGCAAUGCACGAGCUGAUUUUUUACUACUUGGGGCGCGUCAGACCCACCUGGGAGAUUACGUGGUUCUUUGUGUUCCAUGGAAUGUGUUUAAUGGCUGAGAUUGCUUUGAAAAAAGUUUUGGCCGAUCAAAAUAUCAUGAUCAAGUCGCGGUUGACAACGGUUUUAAGGACGAUGUUGACGGUUGGAUUCGUGAUGGUUACCAGUUUUUGGUGGUUCUUCCCAACACUUCUCCGGUGUAACACUGAUGUUAGGGCGUUUGAAGAGUACGCAGCUGUUGGCGCGUUUGUAAAGGAUGUUGGUCGUGCUUUGACAUUUCAACCUUCCUAG